CAUUCUCUUGCUUUCUCACAAGUCACGACUCUAAAUCCCAUUCCUUAAUUCUCACGACAUUCGCCAAUUUCGUUCUCCCCAAAUCUAAAUCCUAAAACCCUAGCCCCAACCCAACUAUUGCAAGCUCCAAUCCAUCUACCAGCGGCGACGAGAGCCCGAACAGUUCAACCCAGGAAUCAGUGCCUUACCAAAUACCCCGCCCAACGCUGGCACCAUAUUCCCAAGCUCCGCCGCCGGUUGAAUUUUUUCCCCUGCUCACAUCGCAACUGGCUGCCGAGCCUAAUUUACACAUACACGCAGGCAACACACCCCUUGGUGGUUCUGGUGUGAUAUGGAUAGCGCAAAACAAAACAAAAUUAGAAAGUUUGAGGAAUUCGUUGACCGGCGCUUGAAACCUGAUCUUGUGCAUGCUAUUGCUCAACGGGACAAAGUCUUUGAGCAACAGAAGAUUUUCUCUGAUCUUAGAAGAAACAUUGAAAAUUUGGAGAAGAACAGUGUUACCAGUCUGAGGACGCUGGUCAACCUUGGUUCUGAAGUUUAUAUGCAAGCUGAUGUGCCAGAUACGCGGCAUAUAUUUGUAGAUGUUGGACUUGGAUUCCAUGUGGAGUUUACCUGGUCUGAAGCUCUAAACUUCAUAGCUGCCAGGGAAGAAAAGUUAUCCAGGCAAAUAGAAGAGUACACUAGCCUGAUUGCAUCAAUAAAAGCUCAGAUUAAGAUGGUAUGUGAAGGAAUAAGAGAGCUACUCCAGCUACCAGUUACUGAGCUCUAACCAAUAUCAUCGAACUCUGGGGACAUUUCCCGCCCAAAUUUUGGCCUUGCUCACUGAAAUCCCAUUAUUCAGAUCAUGAGAUUAGGGGACUCGAAACAUCUGAUCAUAUGUCUGACGACAGUUCAUUUGAAAUUUUGUACUAUACAAGUCAUUAUCAUGGUUGCCUGUCUUAAGCUCUCAAGAUAGCAUUGGCAACAUGCAGCUACAACUUAUACUGAAAAUAUCCAGAACUAAAUUUUCUUUCAUAUUAAUUUUGA